GCGGACGUUAAGUGUGGCGCUUUCAUUUGAUUUGACGCAUGGCUCUGUAAAAGCUUCUUAUACUUCCGAGGUUUGAUCGUGAGCAGAUGCAGUCAGAGGCUCUGGAGAGUGGACCUCCUCUGGUGUUCUUUGACUUGGAGACCACUGGACUGAGUCGGGACAGUGAGAUCGUGCAGCUGGCGGCCGUUAGCUCCUCCCACUCCCUGAACCUGUACGUACUUCCACAGGGCCGCAUGGACUGGGGGGCCAUGAGGGCCACGGGGCUCUCAGUCCACAAGCACAGACUCUACCUGCACAAGAGGCCCGUGCUCUGUACUCCCCCGACUGAGGCACUCCUCGCAUUCCUCUCCUUCCUAUACAUGUGUCAAAAGCCCACACAGCGCCCUCUCCUGGUGGGACAUAAUGCCCGAGCCUUUGAUGUGCCCGUGCUGCUGCGUGCUCUGGAGGGGCGUGGUCUGCGGGGAGCGCUGGAGGACACGGUGGAGGGGGCUGUGGACAGUCUGGCCCUGUCUCGGGACAUGCUGCGUGACAGAGGCGUGUGCAGUUACAGACAGGAGGCGCUGGUGAGGAGGCUGUUGGGAGAGGACUACACAGCCCACGAUGCACUGCAGGAUGCUCGGGCCCUGCAGAGGCUGGUGUUGCUUGGACUCAGGCCGCAGCUGGAGGAUCUGAACAGGCACAUCUUUAGUCUGAGAGAGAUGAGGACUUGAGGACUGCUAUGUGACCAGGGAUGUCAAGACUUUAAUAGGUUAAUCUAAAAUGGUGAUUAUUCAGGUUUUCAGAUUAUAGAAUGUGAUGAUGUGAUACUCUCAGAUGGGGAGAUAUGUAUGAUGUAUAAUCACAGAGAACUAAGGGAGUGUGAUGUACCCAUAGCGCUCAGUUGCAACCAGAUGAAGCCGCUUGAGGCUAGCAGUUAUAGCGGCUAAUCUGCAAACAGGGACUAUAUUUGGAAAUCCAACCGUGAACCAAAGAGCCAAUCAGGAGCGAGACUGUUGAAGGUAGCGCCCCUUCCCUCUCACACCCUCUGUCUAGCACUUACCAUUGAGGCUGUCAUCAACCUGUUACUAACACUAGCGGGAGCUACCUUGGGAAAACCAGGCAUUGGAUUGGUCUGUAAUUAAGCUUUAUAUCUUGAUUUAGGGAUAAAAUUGUGAAAAAACCAAGAUCAUGUAAAGCAGGUUAAUACUAAAAUUUUAAGACCAAAAUUACGAGGCUCACAAAAGUUUUUUUUUGAAAAUAUGGGGCACCUUUUUCAGUGUAGACCCAUAAACUUGCCAUAUUCCGACAAAAAUCUUCAAUAAUAAUUUUACCUGCAUCUCAGAACAUGCAAGGCACAGUGGCUCUCAAACUGGUGUGUACAACAGGUGAUGCACUAAAUGCUUAUAGUGAUGCAAUCCACACAGAAUGUGUCCAACUUCUUCACCUGUCGCCACUAUUAAUCCUGAGUGAGACAGCAUUACUGCUAGCAUUUCUACUUUUUUAGAUUACCUUGGUUAAACAGAAUCAUGUGACCCUUGGCCAAGUCAGUCAUGCUGACUACUACAAAUAAAUACAUUAUUUAUUACAUGGUAAAAUGUGUUUAUUCGUGAUCUAGGCUUAUUUGUCAGGCUGUAGAAAUCAUUCAGCAGCCACCUACCCCAAAGAUAUCAGCUUAAGGCAUUAAAGUGUGCUUUAUUAUACCAU